AAAAAAAAAAAAAGCUUUCCAAUUCCCUUUGUCGAUGAGGCGGAACGGAAGAAGAGAGCAAGGUCCGAGACACCCGGCUCCACCACCAACCCCAGGAACAAAUACUCAGACAACCCACCCGAUUUCGCCUCCCUCGCCUCCCUCUACCCUUCCUUCAAACCCUUCGUCUCCUUCUCCUCCGCCUCCUCCUCUCGCCCCCGCAUCGACUGGACCGACUACAACGCCACACGAGAGCUCACACGCGUCCUCCUCCUCCACGACCACUCCCUCACCUGGUGGAUCCCCGACGGACAGCUCUGCCCGACCGUCCCCAACAGAUCCAACUACAUCCACUGGAUCAACGACCUCCUCUCCUCCCCUCACAUCCUCCCAACUUCCUCCUCCUCCUCCAUAGUAAAGGGCUUUGACAUUGGUACUGGCGCCAACUGCAUUUACCCUCUCCUCGGCGCUUCCCUUUUCGGUUGGAGUUUUGUCGGAUCGGAUGUUACUGACGUGGCACUAGAGUGGGCUGAGAAGAAUGUUCGUAGCAAUCCCCACGUUUCGGACCUCAUCGAGAUCAGAGACUCUCGUGAAGAAAUACUCGUAGGCGUUGUAAAGGAAUCGGAAACGUUCGACUUCUGUAUGUGCAAUCCUCCCUUUUUCGAAACAUUCGAGGAAGCUGGACUUAACCCUAAAACCUCGUGCGGUGGAACUCGUGAGGAGAUGGUUUGCGACGGUGGGGAGCAAGCUUUCGUCACGCGCAUUAUACAAGAUAGUGCUGUCCUCAAGCAAAGAUUCAAGUGGUACACUUCAAUGCUUGGAAAGAAGGCUAACCUGAAGCUCUUGAUAUCAAAGCUUUGGGGAGUUGGCGUUACUGUUGUUAAGACCACUGAGUUUGUUCAAGGACAAACAUCCCGUUGGGGCCUCGCUUGGUCUUUCAUUCCCCCGGAUAGGAAGAUUGUAGCAGUACGAACUCCUCAUGUAUCCUCCAAGAACAGUCUUCUUUCUUUUAUGCUUGAGGGCAUUAAACGGGAGUACAGUGCUGCGGAUGUGCUGCAAUCAGUUGAAGGAUUCUUCAAGAGCUGUGGCGCGUCGUCCAAAUUAAACUCUUCUACCUUUUCUGUUGACAUUGUUGCGUCCAGUGACCAGUGCAACACAAUAACCAAUAGGGAUAGUAGUGUGAGAAGCCAGACACUGGAUGAUGGCUCCAGUUUGCAACUCCCUCCUCAAGAUGACCUAUCUUUCCGCAUCUUGGUGUUCCAGCAGAUGCCAGGAACGUUGCUUAUAAAAGGAUCAUUGCAGCAUAAAGAUAGUCCUCUCUCAGGGUUGUUCUCUGUUGUUUUUGGUUCGUUGGAGGAAAGUUUGAAGUCCAAAUUUUGUCGGUGACCGGUUACAGAGUACUGUACUCACUUGAAGAAUGGCAUCUGGUAUAAACUAUAUAAAAUUGAAUUAUAACGCUUCCAUCUCAGACACAAGUAACAUGUUCUUACUUACAACACAAGCGGUGUUUUGAUUCCUUUGUAAAACGUUACAUUUCCUCCAAACGGAGACAAGCAGAUUUUUUUCAGCGAA